GCUCGAGACUUUCAAAGCAAAUGGAACAUCCCGGAGAACAUUACUACAAAUUGAACCGACUUCUUCUAUCGAUUAGCGGACUAUGUCCUUAUCAAAGCAAGCGGAACGCUCUCUUAAUAAGAGCCGCUUACACGGUCGUCAUGCUAUCAUCUAUAUUUUUUCAGAUUUCGAGCAUUUUUACAUCUGAAGUCACUGUGGACUUUAUAGUGGAUGGGAUACCGUCGCUUCUACUUAUAAUGGGCAGCCUGACCAACUUGUAUAUGCGUAUCAAUCACAUCGACAAAUUUAGAGAAUUACUCGAGCGUAUGUCGAAAGACUGGGCGUUGCAAAAGUCACACGAUGAGAUCAAGAUUAUGCACGAGCAUGCCGAGACCUCAAGAUUAUUCACACUCUAUUACCUGAUCCUGACAUAUGUGAACAUAGGGGGAUACAACAUAUGGAUGUUUAUACCUGAUAUUCUUGACACUGUGUCGCCUAUGAACGAUUCUCGCCCUCGGGUGCGACCCUUUAAUGCUGAAUUUUUUAUCGAUGAGGAGCGAUACUUUCACCUUAUUCGGAUUCACAUAAGUCUUGUGCUUUUAAUGUUACCUGUAAUUUAUAUCGCCUCUUCCACUUAUUUUAUGACUCUCACGCAACACGUUUGCGGAAUGUGCGAGUUGCUGGGGUAUCGUGCGGAACGCUUAUUUUGCGUUGUCAGAGACGAGGCGACAGGUGGUUUAAUUGAAAAGUCACAAAUAAGUUACGGGAACAUGGCCGUUUUUGUACGGCAGCAUUACAACAUUAUACAAUUCGUUGACAUAGUCGAAGCUUGUCACACAGUACCGUUUCUAAUAGAUCUCAUGGCAAUAAUAGUUUUGAUGAGUCUUACGUUAAUCCAGGUAUUAACUAUUUCCAGUUUCGAACUAGCUAUCAGAUCUUUUGGUGUCUCCACUACAUCACUGUGUUAUUUAUUUAUGGUUUGUUAUAUGGGGCAAAGAAUCACGGAUGUGAGCUCGAGUAUAUGUGAUAAAAUAUUCAAAUCUACAUGGUACAACGCAGUUGUUUCAGAACAGAAGGCAUUGUUAAUGAUAAUGAUGCGACGCUAUCAUCCGCUCAUCUUAACCGCCUGUAAAUUUUACGUGAUGUCUUUACAAAAUUUCGGAAUGAUACUUCAAACGGUGAUCUCCUAUGGCAUGUGCAUCAGACAAUUCUAAAAUUGUUUCUGUCAAGUUGUAAGCGUAGAAGUAGGAUAGAAAAGUCUUCUUUGUAGAAACAAGAAUCUCUUGAUGCGGUUCACAAGUAAGUAAAUACGCAGAAUUAAUGUAAUAUAAUAAAUAAAGUAAAGCAAUUCACAAA